AUGGCUUUCGGUAAGGACAUGGACGCCUGGUCCGGCGACGCCGGCCUGGCCCUCGUUGAGAGGGACGAGAAGAAGAGCCGCUUCGCCGUCUCGUGGUCCGAGGCCAAGCUUCUCAUGAUCGCCGGUGUCGGUUUCCUCAUGGACGCCUGGGACUUGUUCAUCAUCAACCUCAUCUACUCGAUCAUCCUCGUCGCCUAUUACCCCCGUGGCACCAAGAACAUCGACUGGGGUCUUGAGGGCGGUGUGCUCAAGGCUGCCGCCAACAUCGGUAACAUUGUCGGCCAGCUCUUCUUCGGUUUCUGCGGUGACAUGUUCGGCCGAUCUGCCGUCUACGGCAAGGAGCUCUUCAUUGUCAUUGUCGCUGUCAUCCUCCAGAUCUCGGCCCCCGACUCGAUCGGCGGCCACGGCAUCACCAUCUGGCUCGCUGUCUUCCGUUUCAUCAUGGGUAUCGGCAUUGGCGGCGACUACCCCAUGUCGGCCACCAUUGUCUCGGACCGAUCUUCGCUCCGCAACCGUGGUUUCAUGCUCGGCUGGAUCUUCUCCAACCAGGGCUGGGGUAACCUCGUCGGUGGUAUCUUUGGUGUCAUCGUCAUUGCUGGCUACCGCCACUACGUCGAGCGCGGCGAUGUGCACAAGCUCUCCGGUGCUUGGCGUAUCCUCCAGGGUCUCACCCUGGUCCCCGCCUUCAUUGUGCUUUACUUCCGUCUCACCCUUGUCGAGUCCACCCGAUUCACCCAGGCCCGUAAGCUGCAGGACGACCCCGAGCUCAUUGCCAAGGGACACAACAGCCAGCUCAACCGCUCCAACUCGGACGACGAGGACCUCAAGGACGAGAAGCUCGGCGGUGCCAUGACCCCCAUCGACAACACCGCUGUCGGCAUGUCGUUCAAGUCGAUCGGCAAGCCCAAGAACGAGUUCAUCGAGUACUUCUCCAAGUGGAAGAACGCCAAGAAGCUCUUCGGAUGCGCCGCCACCUGGUUCCUCGUCGACAUCACCUUCUACGGUAUCAACCUCAACCAGGGCUCCAUCCUCCAGGUCAUCGGCUUCACCACCGGCAACACUUGGUCCAAGCUCAUGAAGACCGCCACGGGUAACCUCAUCAUCACCGUUGCUGGUUUCCUGCCCGGCUACUUCUUCACCAUGUUCACCGUCGACAUUGUCGGCCGAAAGCCCAUCCAGAUUCUCGGUUUCACCAUGAACGCCCUCUUCCUCGGUAUCCUCGCCGGCACCUUCAACACCCUCAAGCACAAGACCGGCCCCUUCUUCGUCGUCUUCGUCUUCCUUCAGCUCUUCUUCAACUUCGGCGCGAACGCCACUACCUUCAUCGUGCCCGCCGAGGCGUUCCCGACCCGAGUUCGCGCGACGGCUCACGGUUUCUGUGCCGCCUGCGGCAAGUGCGGUGCCAUUCUCUCAUCGCUCUUCUUCUCGUACCUUGCCAACAAGACCCACCUCGGCACCACCGGUGUCUUCUGGAUCUUCUUCGGUGUUUCGGUCCUCGGUGCCAUCGUCACCAUCCUCUUCGUCCCCGAGACCAACGGCUACGACGCCGACGAGGAGGACCGCAAGGAGCUCGCUGCCGCCGCUGGUGUCCAGUAA